CUUACCCUGUGUCUGGACGCGAUGCUGGCUCUGACAUGAUGGACUCGAACGUUGUGGUAAGGUCGAGUUCGGACGCGGGCAAAUCGAGGUCCAACAGAUGCGGAGAUGAUCCCGAACGCUCAGAAGAUACCGCAUCCUCAGGUCGCGAGGCAUAUUCUCUACCAAGUUACGCUGCGUGAACGCAUGACGGAAUCGAGGUCAUUGGCACCAACCGGCGAUCGUCGUUUAGCUCUUCAAACUGUCCGGAUGAAGAGUUCAUGGUGGAUAAGGACUACUGGACAGAAUGCUGGACGUGGUGGCUGUAAGAAGAUCGUCGUUUGCCGCCGGCAGAGACGGCCGCCACCCAAAGCGGAGUUGGAACAUGAACGCACCUCCAACUUUCGCCUCGUCGGCUUUUCGCAGAUUUCGGCGAAUAAAGAUGCAGAACGUCGUUCUCGUUGCAAGGAGCGGCCCAUGGCCCAUGCACGGCGGGAUUGUUCAAUGUUGAAUAUUGAUGGCUGCCAUGCGUGUCACAUCGCGUCUGUCACUCUCGCGACCCGAAGUAUGGAGUAUUCAAUUUACAUCCGUUCGUUUACGCUAUUCAGCUUGCUACAGUUGCCUGAUUAGGGAUACUGUUUUCAAAUGCAACACUUCAGAACUCGAGAAGUGCCGCCCUUGGCGGCAGAUCCCUUGCUCGCCUUAGAUGCCGUGUAACAAGUGCAUAAGGUGUAGUAAAUGUUAACCGGU